UCCUGUGACGUGAGCGGCUCCGGGGAUUUUUAUGUGUGGGGCGGGGAGGCAGAGAGACCAAGAAAGCCUUUAUCAGAAAGGAUGGAGUUGGGAAAGGGAAAACUGCUUAGGACAGGACUGAACUCACUGAAUCAAGCAGUACAUCCAACCCAGGGCCUUGCCUGGACUGAUGGGAACCGUGUGGUGCUGACUGAUUUACAACUUCAUAGUGGAGAGGCCAAGUUCGGGGACUCCCAAGUCAUUGGAAGUUUUGAAUCUGUCUGUGGGGUUUCCUGGGCCCCAGUCAGCACAGUGCACGUGCCCGCUCUGCUUGCCAUCCAGCACAGGACGCUUGUCUCCGUGUGGCAGCUGUGUCCCAGGACUUCAGGAUCAAGCAAAUGGCAGCUGUCUCAGACCUCUGAAAUCAGAGAGUCACUUCCUAUCCUUCCUCAGGGCUGCGUGUGGCACCCAAAAGACGCCGUCCUGACUGUGUUGACUGCACACGAUGUUUCCAUUUUUCCUAACGUUUACCAAGAUGGUUGCAGGAUAAAAGUGGACAUCAACACCAAGGGCCGAGUUUACUGUGCUUGUUGGACCCUGGAUGGCCAGAGGCUGGUGGUGGCAGUAGACAGCAGCCUUCAUUCGUAUAUUUGGGACCGUUCUCAGAAGUCUCUUCACAGCUGCUCCUACUACCCAGUGUUUCCUGUGAACUGUUCCAUCCGCUCCAUCACAGCCGCCAUGAACUCACAGGUUGCUAUAGCCACUGAACUUCCACUCCGUAAGCUUUGUAGCCUCAGUGCAUCCUCUGAUGGUCCACCGAAUGGUGAAGAUGGGGCUGUCCAUGCUCAUCCUGUGAGUGAAGCGCCCUCUGUAGGUGAGCAGGGAGCUGCUACAGAAAUACAUUCUGGAGUGACAGUUUCUCCCUUUUCAGUUCCUCUGGAUCUGACUCACAUACAUUUCAACCCAUCCCUAGCUGAGCAGAGUUCUCUUAUUUGUUUAAGAGAAAAGGACUACUUGACAGGAACUGGCCAAGAUUCUUCACAUUUGAUCCUGGUAACCUUUAAGAAAGCAAUUACCAUGACAAAAAAGGUCGCUAUUCCGGGCAUUCUGGUUCCUGAUUUAAUAGCAUUUAACCUGACAGCACAGCUAGUGGCCGUGGCUUCCAAUACGUGUAACGUGAUUUUGAUCUAUUCCGUUGCUCCAUCUUCUAUGCCGAAUAUCCAGCAAAUUCAGUUAGAGAGGAACGAAAGACCAAAAGGCGUGUGUUUCUUGACAAACAGAUUAUUAUUAAUUGCUGUAGGGAAACAAAAGCCCACUGAAACAGCCUUCCUUCCUUCUUCAGAAUCUGAGCAGUAUACUGUUCAUCUGAUAGUUAGAGAAAUAACACUGGGAAGAGAAUCUUCUGGAACAUCUGCUGAAAGUGAGGGUGCUUACUCUGACAUCAGUGCUCUAUUAAAUAAAACAGAUAGCGAAAAAAAGUUCACUGAGAGCCUUUCCCUGGGUUCGAGUCCCCUGGGCCAAGGGCUCUUGCUAACAGCUAACUCUAGUACUCAAAGUGGGAAGUCUGGAAGAGCCCUUAUUCAAGAAAUUCAAAAUCCCUUGUCCCCUCUGUCCAGUGAUUCCAUUGUCCAUGAAACCCUUCACAGGCCCUCUUGGCUUUGCACAGCCUUGCCUAGACUCAGCAGGACCCCAGAGCACACCAGCACCCCAGAACUGAAUGCACCUCAAGAAGAGAACUUACAAAAAGAAAAGCAAACUUGCCCACUUUCCAGAGAGCUGGAAAUCCUGUCUCAGCACCUGGUUGGGAUGCAGCAGUAUCUCUUUGAGCUCAUGGAUUUUCUACACAAGGAGAAACGCAUCUCUUCCACUUAUCCACCCUCUCAGGAUCCUCCAUACGUCUACCUCAUUUACCAGAAACCUUGUUCUGUAGGUCCUGCUGGGAAAAGAGCUGUGCUUCUCUGUGACGGCAAGCUAAGGCUCAGUACCAUUCAACAGCUGUUCGGCCUUCACCUUGUUGAAAUGCUGCACGAUUCCCACUGGAUCCUCCUCUCUGCCGACAGCCAAGACUUCAUCCCAUUAACUUUCACAGCUGCCCAGACAGUCGUGGUGAGAGAUGGCAGCCUGUGCAAGCCAGAGGAAGCUCUUUCUCACAGUAAGGAUCCGAAUCCUCCACCUGAAGUCUUCAGAGACCUUGCUCCCCAGGAUGUAGACACAGCUGGUUGUUUCAAUAGCAUGACCUGAUGGCUGUUUUGCAGAGCACAUGAUUCCCCUUGGGCUGUGUGCUUCUGGGUAACAGGGCAAGUGGCUGCUUAUGUCUUCAUGACUGUGCCACUUUGAGGACAGAAUUCUAAGGAUGAAACGAUACCACAUGGGCAUAUGGAUUGUACUUUAUGAUUUCUCCAAGGCCUCGCUUCCCUGGCUGGAAGUUUGUUAGCGCUGCCUGCGAGUGUUCGUAGGAUGCAAUGGAGUAGGGUAGGUCUUCUCCUUGCUCUAAAGAUGCGGGUGAGAAGAGCUUCUAGGGAGCCUGUGCUUCAGUGCAGCCUUUUAACCCACUUCCUGGGGCAGCAGGGAUUCCGAGCGAAGGAAGUCAGAGACUUCUGCUCUCAGGACUGCCUGGAUCAGGAGGAAGUUCUGAGGGUGGCCUGCCCCCUCCAGAUCUAAAAACAAUCCCCUUGCUCCUGUACACAAUUCUGGCUGACAGAGGUCCAGACACUGCUAAAAAGUGCUCUGGGCAAAUUUUUAAUAAACUUCCAAGAUUUGACUCCCCUGGGACCAUGUGAUCGCUCGCGGCCACCCACCUGGGGAGACCACGCCUUGUUCUCUUGCCUUGCUGUUCCUAGUGCUCUCCUUGAGCUGUAGUCUUUUAUUUUCCAGUUUGAGGAUCACAAAAUGUUCCCAUCCUUCCCUCCCAAGAAUUAGCCUUCUUAGUUAACUUUUCGUUUGUUUGUUUGUUUGUUUGUUUGUGAGGUGGGGCUCAGACCCGUUUUGAACAUGACAGACAGGUGCUCUGGCUUCCACUGAGCCGUGCACCCCCAGCCCCACUUGUCUCAUUAACUUUGCUAUUUUUCUCUUAACUCCUUUCAAAUCUGAGAGAUCAGUGUAGGAUCAGAAAGUAUUUUAAAAAAUUGAAAGUUUCACAGAGAUCUGAAGGAGCUCUAGAAAGCCUCAGUUUGUGUACACAUGAUAAGGCACCGGCUUAGUACAGUGGGAAAGACCCUGAUCCUUUAAGCUGCACCUCGCAGCUGCAGGCAGUAACCCCUGCCAGGCCCUGCAGCCUGCAGAUUGACCAGGCCUGGGGGGAGGGGCAGCACAUCUGCAGAUGCCUUGCUCAGUCAUCGAGGCUCCAUUAACACACGUACCCCGCCCCCCUUGUCCUUUAAAAGCACCCAGAGAGGAAGUGUCUUGUGCCUUGGGGACUCCUGUCUGUCUGCUGCAGUUUAUGAAGAUGGAGCUGGGCUAGGAAAGAUGCAAAGGCCUAUUUUGCGGUUCAGAAGCAUUAGGCAACAGCUGGGCUAAUGGACGGGAAGGCCGAAUGUCUGUAAUCAGUGGCCUGGACAGUGGUGGCUGAGGGGAGGCUGAGGCUUGGCUCCAUCUGCAGAGGAAGUGGCUGGGGUGUGAUGAGGUCACUGGUAUUAUGAACGCAAAGAGAGGGACUAAGGGACCCCAAGUAAGAUCAGCGUGGCUGCCUCAAGAUGUACUUUAUAAUCUCAGGGCAGAAUGCUUGCAGUGAGUCCAAUCUCAGCCACUGUGACGGUUUUGAUUGUUCCAAUGAUGUGGUCUUUAUGACUAUCUGGAUUUGGACGUGCAUAAUUGCCACUUUGAUAUUUCUUCUGGUGGACAUAGUGCAGAAUGUUGAUUGUUUCUUUAUAAUAAAUCUGAUUCCAACUGA